AUGUUCCGCCGUCUUGCUCUGCAGGGUGUCGCCGGCCGCCGUGCCGCGUGCUCGGGUGCUCGCACGUACUUCUAUGCGAACUGCGGUGAGACCGGCAUCAGCGGUGCGACGAUGCAGGCGCUGCUCAAGCUCACCGUGGCCUGCUGCGUAGUGCAGAUCUGUGCGAUUCGCUACUUCGUGUUUCAGCGCCUGACGACCAAGAACCAGUUUGUCGAGGACUCCACAGAUCUGUGGGAGAACGACGGCACUGAGAUGGAGGGCGAGGAGGCUGUGGCCAACCUCCGCAUCCAACACGAGCGCAUCAUGCCGUUCAUGAACGACAUCAAGGACAAGCUGGACGCGCAGGCUUAA